AUGCUCGGGUGCAGGUGGGCCCGGCGGGGCUGGAACCCCUUGCGCGCUGCGCUGGGCUGCAGGGGCGCCUCUUCGGCGGAGGACGUCGGAUCCGGCCGGCAGACAAAAAUUACUUUGGAGUUGUUGGAUCAUCUUGAGCGACUGGCGCUUGUAGAGUUCCGCAACUGGGAGGGCGUCCGCCGUUUGGAGAGCGCAGUUGAAUUCGCUGAACAACUUCAAGUGGUGAACACUGAUGGCGUUGAACCCAUGGAAUCGGUGCUGGAAGACAGGCAUCUCUACCUCAGGGAAGAUAAUAUUUUGGAAGGAAAAUGUGCAGAGGAACUACUGAAGAAGGCUGCAAAGACAGUUGAAGGAUAUUUCAUAGCUCCACCAGGUAACAUUCCUCUGCCAAAGGUAGAAGAGAGAAAUACUUUUCUUCACAAGGAAGAUUCUUAAUAGAAGAUCCAACUUCAAUUGUUUUUAGACACAUUGUGCAUUGUCAUCUUGAAUUUUUAUAUCAAGUACUUCAUAUAAUUUGGGGAGGAACAGGAACUGAAAUGACUGGUUUCGGUUAGCCGAGAAGAAAAGACAUGGAGCUGUGUGGAUUAGGAAAGCGUAUCACUGACACUAAGUUUAACACAAACAUGGUGUGCGAACAUGUCUAGAACUUCUUUUAAACUCUAUAACAAGAAUUCUGGUCAUAUUAAAAUUUUGUACUAGUUUACUGGUACAUUUUAUAGUGUUAAAUAUUUUAAUCACCAAACCUCAGCCACCAAAUUCCCCAAAAGAAACGCAUAAAUUGUGUAGAGACUAUGAUCAAAGGUCAUGAAAUGGGGGAGUUCAUAAGCCCAACCCUCUAAAAGUUUGGAAAACUGAGUAUAGAGGCAACACUGGCCAUAACUUCAAUUCCUCCAUAAACUGAAUCGCUGUAGGCAAAUAACAUAUAACCAUGGUUAGCACUUCUCAGUCAGUCCAGGAGGAACAUGAAAAAUAUCCGGAAUUGUUGUAGCUUGAAGCUUAAAUAUAAAACUAUUGAAAUACAAUCUUAAGUGAGGUACUGACUGCUAAUCCAUAAGCUGGCAGACAUUAGCACAUGCCAAGAUCUACUGAUUAAAUCGUAUUCACAGAUCCUUAAAAUGGUGUUCAGAACUAGAAAUAUCAGAAAAAGUGACAUUAAUGACACAGGUGCUUCUGUCUUUGAAAAAAAAAUCCCAGCACAAAAGAGACCAUGUAUUACUGCUGAGGGCAGAACAUUCUGCAAAACUGAAUUCAAACAUUCACUUUAUGAAUUCAAAUUACUGUUACCUUGUUAUUUGGUCAUGAAAUAGAAAAUAUUUUCCAGGAAAACUGAAUAAAAUGUAGCACAGUUGCUUUUAUACUUUGAAAUUUCUUUUAAUUAUUGCAAAAGAAGAUGUGUGGUAUUGUGUAUUAAGAUAUGCUGUGGCAUUUAGAGUUAAUUAACUGAAGAACAAUGUUCAUGGUCUUUAGAGAGAGUUUUCAAGAUGGGAAUGAGUUGCUUCAGAAAUGUAGCCUAAUGUUUUGGCUAACCUCUCUACAUAUGCCUAAUACCAUUUUUUGUGUGCCCAGUGACAGCAUUGUAUGGUUAGUGUGGCAUCUAAAAGUCCAAAAACGGUCAGAUAUUUUUUUGUGCUUUAUGGAGAGCAGGUGGGGGCAUUUAAGCCUUGCCAAGAAAAGAGUCCAAUUCAGGAGAGAGUUUUAUUUUGAAAGAAGAAAAUUGGUGUCUUAAAUCUCACCCCCCUCAACAAAAUGCAUCUAAUGCUAUUCUGCAGGAUACAAAAUAAGUGCAGACAAACCACAUUCAGGGUAUCUAAUCACUAAGCCACAAAUAAGCCACGUUUUUUUUUUACUCAGCACAUUUUGAAUCCCAGCCACUAUUUAGUAAACAAAGCACAGAGACUUUCUGACAAAUAUGCCACACUAGAUUUUGCAAUGGACAUAUACUGCUCCGUGUUUUACUUGCUACAUAUUCUGUCAUUGUACUUUGUACUAUUUCAUAUACAACACAAGCAACUUAAUCCAUUUUAUACUAAAAUGGCAUUAGUUUAUUCUUCCACUAACUCUUUAUAUGACUGCAGCUAUUAAUAUGAUGCAAUAAGGUAUUAACUCAAUAGAAGACGUGGGACUAGACCUUUGCAGCAACUCAUUUGAGCAAAGUCUCAAAAUACGAUCUCAAAGCCUAGAUUGGCAACAGUUUCUCUAAACUUGCAAGCUAGCUAAAUGAAUCUUUCCUUAUUAAGCUCUUAAUAUGUGGACAGUUACAGACACGGAAUUCAAAUAAAACACCUCUUUACAAGUUAACUAAGCACAAAACCACUGAAAUUCAUUUUAUUUCAUGGAUCAAAUCAAUGAUGGGACUUCCAUAAAAUGCUUAAAUUGGACACAUUUUGCAGUUAGUGAAGAAGCACAGAACACUCCCUUCCCAGUACAUUUCCCAAAUUUUCAGCCCCUCCUUUUAAGUAAUGAAAUUGUAUUAAAUCUGCUCUCUCAAAUCUUCCAGACUUGAUAAAAUCGGUCCUGGAUACUAUUUGUGAAAUUACAUAUCAAAACAGCCAGUAAAAGCAAUUGCACUGGUAUUAUAGUAGAACAGCUUAAACAUCCCUUCGAUGUUUCCAGUAUGACAGCUGUAGAGAGCAAAAACCUUUAAAAUGCUUCUUUAACCCAAUAAGAAAAAGCAACUUAAAAACCAGGCUCAUCUGAUUUAUCUCCACUUUCUACCCCGACUGCACAAAAAGACAGCCACUCACUUAGUUACAGAAACAUUGGAAUAUAUUUUGAAACACCAUCAACGAUCGCUGCUUUAAAGCCCAUCCAGCAAACUAUUAACAUGUAUGAGUUUCAAGCUCAUUUUCCCUCACUGAGAGGAAAAGCAAGAACAUUUUCCAAAUAAAAUGCAUUUUAGGUGGCAAUGAUUCAUAAUACUUCAUUACCAAUACUUCCCUAGUAAAAACAGUUGUCAUAAAAAAAAAGAUUUUCUUGAA